UUCUGUGCGAGCGUACGCUGGCUGUGCACAGCGAGAGGGUCGUGAGCGCAGCGUGCUGAGACGAGUGUGGCCCUCUACUUGAGUGGCCCGCUUGCUGGCUGCGGCUGCGGCGGAGGUCGCGACGCGGCGCGCGUGGAGCGCGUAAAGAGGCGCGCGUGGCCGUGGCCGUGCGCCGCCGCGGCCGCGAGAGAGCAACACCUUUGCUGGCGCAGCGCAGCGCCCCCUUGCCUCCCACCUCCACUCUCCUCGCCAGCAUGUCCUACAUCCCCCGCGCCGCAGCGCGCGAGGCCGAUCCCGACCCCGACGAGCUCGAGCUGCUGAGCUACGACGAAGAGAGCGCCAAGGAUGUCAUUCUCUUCCUCAUCGACGCCGGCGCGCGCAUGCACGACACGCUCGUGCCCGCGGCGGCGGCCGAGCAGACGGGCAUGCGCAUCAAGCGCGAGGGCGAGGCGCAGGGCGCACAGGUCAGCUUGCUGCACCGCGCGCUCGAGGGAGCGGUCAGCUUGAUGCGCCAGAAGCUCGUCGCCAGCCCGCGCGACCUCGUCGGCGUCAUGCUGUACAACACGCAAGAGACGAACAUGGCGCAGAUCGGCAAGACGAGCAUGUACGAGCACACGUACAUGCUCGAGCCCAUCGGCAUGAUCGACAUUGCCAACCUUGCAGGCAUCAUCGACGAUCUGGACCUCUCGCGCGACGACCCGACGCACUUGCGCACGCGCUUUGAGCCACUCGACUCGGAGAUGCGCAUCCACCAUGCAUGGAGCAAUGCGCUUAAUGCCAUCAAGCAGACCGGCAAGACGGGCAGCAAGCGCAUCUUCUUCGUCACACACACCGACGACCCGUACGCGGGCAAGGCCAACGUGGCGGGCGUAAGGCGACACCUGGAGGAGCGCGUGGCGCAGUAUGCGGCGCGCGGCAUUGAGUUUGAGCCGUUCUUGCUCGAGACGGACGAGCGGGCGUUUGACGUGUCGCGCUUCUGGGGCCCCAUCUUCGCAGCAGCGCACGCAGAUGGCUUUGCUUCGGCGUCGUCGCGCGCCUCGACGCCCGCCGACGGCUCCUUCAAUGGCGCGCGGCCCUUGCGCAUCGACGAGCUCGACGCACACGUGGCACAGCGACACACGCCUAAGCGCGUCAACUUCCGCGGGCCCCUCAAGUUUGGCAAAGGCUGCACGAUUGGCGUCAAGGGAUACGGCCUCGUCAAGAAGGCGGAGAAGGGCAACCCGACCAAGGUCAUUCCCGACACGGCGGCGGCAGAGGCCGAUGGCGGACCGACGUCGUACCUCGAGGUCGACACGCGCACCGAGCAGAUCUGCGUGGACACGGGCAAGCCGUUGGGCCCCAACGACGUGGAGCAGGCCUUCUUCUUCGGCAGCGAUGCGUCGCUGCGCUCCAAGGUCAAGUUUGGGCGCGAGGAGAUUGCGCGUCUCAAGUCGUUUGGGCAGAAGCCUGGCAUCGAGGUGCUGGGCUUCAAGCCCAACGCCCUUGCGGUGCGCGACAACAUCAAGACGGCCUACUUUCUCUACCCCUUCGACGACAUCUGGAAGAACUCGCGUCGCUGCUUUGCCGCGCUCAUCGCCUCGAUGCUGAAGCGCCACGUGAUGGGCAUUGCCAUCUUCAUGCGCGUGCAGGGCAACCAGCCCGUCUUUUGCGCGCUGCUGCCGCAGGCCGAAGAGCGCGAGCGCGGCAUUCCGGCGGGCAUGCACCUCAUUCCCCUGCCGUACGCAGACGACAUUCGCGAGGCGCCAGCAAAGCACGCGGCGCAGCUCGAGGCGAACAGCAAGCAGGUCGAGGCGGCCAAGCUCAUCGUAAAGGCGUAUGCAAAGACGGGAGAGUUUCGGCCGGAAGACUUUCCGAAUCCGGCGCUGGCGCACCACUACGAGGUGCUCAUCAACACGGCGCUCGGCAAGCCGCUGGGCGCAGAGGAGCUGGUGGAUCGCACGCUGCCGAACUAUGCGGGCAUCCAGAAGCGCGUCGGACCACGCAUCGCCCAAUGGAGCGACUUCAUCGCCGGCGACGAGCGCCUUCUCCUUUCUGGCGGCGGCGCUGGCAAGAGUGGCGGCGGCGCAUCGUUUGGCACGAAAGACGCCGCUGCGCUGCUGGAGCGCCACUCGCGCGCCGAGGUGAGCAAGCUGAAGGUCGACGAGCUCAAGGCUGCGCUGGAGUACUACCGCCUGAGCAAGACGGGCAAGAAGGCCGAGCUGGUGGAACGGCUGGAGGACCAUCUGGACGGCUUGGAGAAGAAGAUGAAGAAGGGCUGAGGCGCGGCCUCCCGAGAUCCCCCCGAACACUGAACACUGAGCAUUGAGCAUCGAGCUACCCCACACACUUGUACUUCUACCCGCAAUCGAACAUGACGCAGCA